GCAGAGCAGCUGGGUGAGAAUUUUAUACUAAGGAGGUCAAGAGGGGCCACCUGAGUUAUAUGCAAUGGAGAAACUGGGAUGGAGCUGUUUCUUUCUGGUCAGCCUGUCUGGGCCUCUCUGGGCUCUCCCCGUGGCCAGCUCCAGUGAGAUCACCUACUGGAUCUCAGCAGCCAAUAAAGAUGCAGGGUUAAAUCUGAAGGCACUGAACGGCAGGAAUCAGGGCUCCCUUCGACAGACUCUGCCAAGGUUACUCAGCGCACAGGUGGACAGUCAACCCAGCAAAUCUGGUCUAGGACCCAACAGCUUCACCCCAAGGGAAAGUGUCAAAGAGGGUCUCUUUGGAAACCUCCCCAGGAAUGCUUUGCUGAAUCGCUUACUGGCCAAGGACAGGAAACGGGGCAGCCUCUCCGAAUGUUUCUGGAAAUACUGCGUGUAA